AUGGCUCCCCUCAACCUCGUUGAAGCAUCAAUUGAUGAGCUUCAGGCGGCAUUGUCAUCCGGCACCCUGACCAGCGUGGAGCUCGUUGCGCAAUACCUGCGCCGUAUCUCGCGCUAUGAUUGUCGCGGUCUUGCCCUGAACUCCAUGCCUAUCCUUAACAACCGUGUGUUUGAAGAUGCUGCGACAUCCGACGACCAUCGUGCGUCUGGUCGGCCGGUGCGGCGACUAGAAGGCAUCCCGUACACCGUCAAGGACAGUUACAAAGUGAAGGGCAUGACGGCGGCCAGCGGGUCCCCGGCAUUCAAAGACCUGAUCGCUACUGAGGAUGCGUUCACGGUAAGCGCCAUCCGAGCUGAAGGAGGCGUGUUGAUAGGGCGGACAAACAUGCCGCCAAUGGCAUAUGGCGGUAUGCAACGAGGCAUCUACGGGCGCGCCGAGAGUCCCUACAACCUGGACUAUCUUGCCGCAGCCUUUGUGUCUGGCUCUUCAAACGGAUCUGCGGUUUCGACAGCCGCAUCUUUCGCAGCAUUCGGCAUGGGCGAGGAAACUGUUUCGUCGGGCCGUUCCCCAGCGUCGAACAACGCACUCGUGGCUUACACGCCCUCAAGGGGUUGCAUCUCCAUCCGCGGCAAUUGGCCGCUCUAUCCAACCUGCGACGUGGUAGUUCCGCAUACGCGCACCAUGGAUGACAUGCUCGUGCUGCUUGAAGUCAUCACGGCCGAAGAUUCUUCCACGAAGGGCGACUUUUGGCGAGACCAGCGCUUUGUCGCGUUGCCAAAGCCAUGGCAACAAGUUCCCCCAAAUGUAUGCUUUCGCGACGCGGCCCUCUCUACAACACUCGAGGGCAUGAGGUUUGCAGUUCCAGCCAUGUACAUUGGCGGAGCCUCUCCCGAGGGCGCCACUCCGGUCACGACGAGCUCAGAGGUCAUCAAACUCUGGGAACAAGCCAAAGGCCAACUCGAGUCGCUAGGCGCUGAAGUCAUCGUCGUUCCCGACUUUCCUGCAGUCACGGCCUAUGAAAACCCCAAACUCCUGCCUGAAGGUUCACCCCGGCUGCCGGAAAACUGGAACUGGACGGAGAGAGGCCCGUUGGUUGCCCACGGCUGGGAUCAAUUCCUACGUGAUAAUCACGACGGCUCCAUUUCCGACCUCACCUGCGUGGACGAGUUCAAUAUCUAUCCCCAUCAUAUGCGGACGCCAGCUGAACUCAAGCACCUGCCGGCCAACAAUGCCAUUCACUGGGGCAAGCUUGCAGCGUACGUUCAGGAAUCUUCCAUUUACGACACAAAAGACUUGGGUCCUGCACUUGAAGCUCUUGAGGGCAUGCGAAAGCAACUGGUUGAUGGCUAUCUCGACCACUUUAAAUGCCAUGGCUUUGUCUUCCCUGCAGCUGGCGACGUGGGCGCCGCAGAUGCCGAUGUCGACGACACCAGCGCUGCUUAUGCAUGGCGGAAUGGCAUCUUCUACAGCAAUGGAAAUAGGGCACUGCGUCAUUUGGGUAUCCCUUCGGUAACGGUGCCGAUGGGGAUCAUCCCGGAUAAACAGAUGCCCAUGGGUCUCACCUUCGCGGGGCGAGCAUAUGAUGACGUUAAUCUGCUAAAGUGGGCAAAUGCGUUUGAAAAGAAGACCAAGAUGCGGGUUGCUCCAGCACACACACCAGCACUUCAGUCGGACAACAUUGAACAGCGGCCCGAUAACGCCCUUGCCAGGUCGAAGAGGCCUUUGCUAGAAGCUGAAUGGUCUGCAGACACACACGCUGAUGAUUCCCGCCUCCUUCGAGUGGACAUCAAGGGUACGGUCCGAAUUGAACCAGAUGCUGGUUCAUCUGAUGUCGAGCCUAUGGUUCAAAUCACGGUGGAUGGUGAAGAUGUGUCCCCUGAACAAAUUAACAUCAGCGCUGCGGCCAAGGAUUUGUCGGGUCAAAUAAUUGUCGAGUUUGAAGGAUGGGCAUUAACACCCAGAUCUAUGGAGAGAAAUGAAAGAGAAAAGACGAUGGUACCUGUCGCCCGUGACAAGACCAUGGUGGUGGUUCUGGCAAGGUCAGCGCCUGGUGGAUGUCCAUCCGGGUUUUUGGCUUUAAUAUAG